CUUCAGCAGUUAAAAAAUUCACUGACGAUAGGGAACCAUAACAAGCUUUGAACCAAGAAUCUUUUACACCUUACUCCGAGCUGAUUAUUAUUAUGUUGAAUACAUGUCGUCUAACCAUGCGACUGAUAAAUGCAUUCGACCUUGUCUUUAAAUCUUUACAAGGCGGGUGAUUAGAAUUUAUCUCAGAAUGGAGUCCGCGACUUUGAUGGACAGUGUUGAUUCUCAUGAGGAGAAAGUCAAUACUGAUGGUGAUGUAGAAAAGCCUGACGCUGAAGAUAGUGUCUCUGUCUCCGAGGCGGAGGUUAAGCAGAACGAGUCAAUAAAUGGACAUGAAGUUGAUACCAGUGAGAAAAGACAGCGUAAAAAAGUUCAGCGUCUAUCAGAAACAUGGAAUCGCGUGCAUGUAGAAAAAGAAGAAGAACGAGUAAAAGCAGUACAAGCAGUUACUGCAGCAUUUGAAGGGGCCACUGGAACAGCCCUUGGUGAAAUCCCACUUAUCGAGGCUACUAUUCGAAAAGUGAAACCAGCUGAUCUUAAAUUGUUGCAUUUGAUAAUAUACGGAAGACCUGGAAGUGUAAAUGAAAUACGCAGCAAUUUACGUAAAUUUCGAGGUUUUGGAUUCCAACCAGGCUCUGAACAGUAUGAGAAAAAGUCGACAUAUAUUCAACAACGUCAGACAACUGAUUUACGGGAGUCAUUGCGUAUUCUAAAUUUAGAAGUUACUGGGACUCGAGAACAGCUAGCUUCUCGUUUAUUAGAAUUUUUGCAUAAACCUUCUGCUGAUUCUGUAAAGUAUAAAGGAAAAAUUGUCAAAAAGCAAGGUCGAAAAAGUACGUCCAAGGGAGAUGGUACUACUACUAAAAAGCGAAAAUCAAAGUCACCGAAAAAGAACGCCACAACAAGUGAACCUAGUGUAGACAAUUCAAGUCAACAAGAUGUUGAUGAGCCUCCUAGUAUGUCUUCUGAAUCAAGUGAAUCAGAAAGUGAUAUAUCUAGUGAAGCUGAAUCAGUUAAGAAGAAGAGGAAGAAAAAGACGACGACGCCGACGCCGAGACAAAAGCGCACUAAUAAAAAGGUUCAACAACAAAAAACGCCAAAAUCUAAUGCUAAACGUACUAAAAAGAAUGCUUUGAAUGAUUCAGAAGAUGAUGAAAAUGAUGGUGAUGCUGAUAAUGAUAAUGAUGAUAAUAAUGAAUCUGUCCCCGCCAAGAUACAAAAACUUGAUUCAAAGAAAAAUGAACUGAAUUCUGACGAAGAAGAUGCACCUCUCUCCAAGUUAACAUCUUCAAAAGCAACUCCUCCAAGCGAUGAUGAAUUAAAAAAGCAUAUAAUCAGUUUGCUUCAAACGGUAAAUUUGGAGGAGACUUCACUAAAAGUUGUUCGAGAAAAGGUAUUCGCAAAUUAUCCUAAUGUUGAUCUGUCUGAUCGGAAAGACUUUAUCAAUUCCACUGUCAAGGAGGUAUUUACUUCUACGGUUUAGUGUGCCAUUUACAGUCGCAAGCACUAUUUGUCAUAAUAAUGUGUUAUGCGGUAUCCUGUCACAUAAUGGGAUGGAGAUAUCACCUGUCACUGGCAAGCAGAGAAUUUCAAGCUGACUGCUGUUUACGGAAAUCUCAGGAUUCUUUUCGCGAUUUUCACUUUGCCAGUAUGAAGUGCUAUAUCUCAUAUUAUUUUCUUUUUUUUGGUUGAACAUCGCAAUUUGUUGUCUCGACAGGACAUUUAUCGAGGCUUUUGAUCAAUUCAUUGUGGUGUCAAAAUACUUUUGGAAAUUGUUACCUGGUUGGUACGUUCCUUUCAUGUACCAGGCUUUAAGUCAACCUUAUUGUGAGAAGGCUGGUGAUACUACUCCAAGUGAAGUAUGAACAGCGGUUUUUCGAACCCGGAGCCACUUGAUUGAAAGCCAAGUACUUGAGCCACGAUUCCGAUAUUCUCAUCAUAGGAGAAACACGUUCAUAUGUCGUUCCUUUUUUCCCAUCACUGUGAAAAGUGUUGUUUUUUGGAUUUACACGAAAUGUUGGCAAAACUAACAUACGUGUCUCCUGAAAAAAUAUUUCAAGCCUGAUCACAGAUUGAUAUUCUUUAGGGAACCAUUAAAAACCGGCAGGAAGUACACAAAAGUACUCUUCAGCACUGUGCUCAUCUAUAGGAUCGAACGCAGGACCUUCAGGUUAACAGGCAGCCUUUCUGACUGACUGGCUAUUCAGCCAUUGAGACUCGAUCCAACUACUCAUGAAUUCCAAGGUAUAUCAUCGCUGAGUGAGUAUUUGUUUCCCCUCACACUCGACCUGUUAGAUCACGCGUGAUUUUCAAGGCUUCUCUGACUAUGUUGUCAAUUUGUAUAAUCAAACUACAAUAAAAUCCCAACCGUACUUAGUUGUUGCUUUCGUUGACAGUGAGUAGACUUGAUAAAUCUGAGUAGAUAAAAAAAGACGUUGACUGUGUGUAUGUGUGUGUGUUGGCCAGCCAGAAGAUAUCGUAAGAAGUGACGUAAUUUUAUUUUAGUAAUAUGCACAUAUAUAUAUAUAUGUAUAGUAAUUUCAUUUCUAUUUCUAUUCCUUUUCAGUUCUUGGCACAAUCUUGAUUCACUUGUUCACUCACUCACUCAUUGUAUGCUGGAUGAUGAUCAUUGUAGGUAGUGAUGGAAAUGUGUACCCACCCACCCACACGUGUGUGUGUGUGUUAUGUGCUAUCACGUGAUCAUCACCAUCAUCAUCAUCGUCAUUAGCAAUGGUCCAGUUCAUCGUUUACUAUUUUAUUACCGUUAUUAUUACUACUAUUAUUAUUAUUUUAUAUCCCGGCAGCUAUAUUAUUGUAUUUCUUCUCACCGAUGAUAUAUGCAAGUUUAAAUUGUAUCCUAUUCUCACCGGUAGUGGGCAUUGUGUCAUUGUCAUUUGUUCUUUAUUCAUCUUAUGCCUAGAUAUUUUGUUUUGUUUGUUUUUUCCCGGAGAAAUAUUUAUUUUAAAUCUCAUCAAAGUGUUUUAUGUGUUUUUAAUGUUCACCUCCCUCUCUCUCUCACUGUCGCCAUCUUAUUUUAUAUCCUGGAAACCAUCUCAUACACCUACAUACAUGUUAAAUGUCAUUCUUGAGUGCAUUAUAUAUAUGCAUAUGAUAUAGUAUAUGCAUAAGGAUAAAUGAUAAAUGAGUUUAUAAAUUAUUGUACAUUUUUAAAUAUUUUUUAUUAUUAUUACUAAUAAUAAGACAAACAACAAAACAAUGCAUUUCUUGAAUUCCUGUGACCAUCCUUAUACCUCUUGUUUUUCGAGUAAUCAACCAACCAACCAUUCAACACACACAUACACACUCGUAAACACAAUUUGUUUGGCUUUUCCGUUUGGCCUUCUUCUGUAUUUGUUUUUGUGUUUGAGGCAUUUUUCGUCAAGCUUUUUAUCCCUCCCUUUGUAUGUGUGUGUAUGUAAGUGCAUACGUGCGUGCGUACGCGUUUCUGUUUGUAAAUGUUUCCAUUAUGAUGUUUACACUCGCGCGGAUUUAUUAUGGUUGCGCGCGCGUAUACAUAUUAUAAAUAUUUAUAUAUACAGUAUGUAUCAUCUAUUGAAGAUUUAUUUCUCUCUCGCAUAUAUAUGUAUGUAUACAUUGAAAAUUUAAUGAAUCUGUUUUUUGAACUUUCUGUUUUUUUGUAUUGUUCUUACAAAUAAUAAUAAUAAGUAAAAUGAACUUUACUAUUAUUACACUAAUAUUGUAUUAACCUGUUCUAUUAUUACCGAUCAUUGUGUUAUUAAUAAACUGAUAUAUAACGAAAAAAAAACAUUGUUGUCUUUUUUCUUAUUUGCCUUCCUGCUUAGCCUUUAAAGUGUGUGUGUGUGUGUGAACGAUGACACUUGUAUAAACUUAUCUGUGUAUCUUGUCAACUGCUUGCUUGAUUUGUAUGCCUGGUGAUUUAGUGAUUUUUGGCUAUGGAAUGGCAUGAGGCGCACUUCAUCCUUUCUGGGUGGGGGACUCGUCAGCCGGUAGAUGCACACACCUGCCUGCAAUCCCCAGUGACUGUUGGUGGAUGAUGUUUCCACUGAGACGCGAAAACCAGUAGUCUUCAUUUAAAAUACUUAAGGGUUAUGUAAAUAAAUGACAUCAGUGUUAAUCACCAGACAUCAUCGAAGCGUCUGUACUAGUGUAAAGACAGAAGACAAGGGCUAGGCCAGAAAUUGUUUAUUGAGACAGUCAAGAGGCAUUUAUAGAUUUUUAUGUGCAUUAUUAUUAGCGUAGGCGGAGAAGUAACUUCUGAUUGGUUGUUUUCUUGCUGAAGGUUAUUCUGUACAGCCUAUGACCUU